GACGACUACAUUGAUUCACCGAUAAAAUAAACUUUAAAGUUUAAAGUAAAACAAAGGGGAAAAACAGACAAAUAAGAUGAGUGAAACGAGUUUAGCGACGCAGACCAAUGGCACGACGGAAAAUGGGAACUGCUUUGAUAUCCUAAAAGUGUCUACUCUAUUCGAAUCUAGCCUUUUGGAGGAGGAUGACGUACAAUUGGACGCCUACUUGGCAGCCUACGAGGAAAUAAUGAAGUUCUUCCAGCUGAUGGGCAGUGUCUUCAGUUUUGUCAGCAGCGAUGUGCGCAGCAAAAUAGAUAUUCUAUACGCCCUGAGAGCCAAGGACGCAGAGGAGAAGGAACACUUCAAUACCUUCAAGACCAUGCUGGAGUACGAAAAGGAUGCACAGUUGCUGAAUCAAAAGGGUUACGUAUCCGGCAGUCGCACGCUGCUACGUCUUCAUCGCGGUCUUGACUUUGUCUACGAGUUUCUCAAUCGGAUCCAGGCGAUACCCGACGACCAAAAGACUGUGGACGUGUGCAAGGCGGCCUACGAUGACACCCUGGGCAAACAUCACUCGUUCCUCAUCCGCAAAGGAGCCCGCCUGGCUAUGUACGCGAUGCCCACUAGAGGAGAUCUUCUUAAAAAAGUGUGCACCAAUGUGGAGGCGGCCAAGGAGAAUCUGCCUCUCAUGCUGAAGCACAUGAGAAUCAACUACGAUCGCACGGAAGAGCUCUACACGCUAUACGACUUACACAGCCUGCCUUAGAGUCUAUUAUACAUCUGGGGUAUUCAAAAGAUGUAAUAGAGUGUUAAAUACCCAGAGGGACACUACUUUUAUAAGCUAGAAAAGAUGCCUAUAACAUGAUAUUAUAAUAGUAUAAUAUGAUUUUGUACUGUAUCUAACUCUCUAUCGGAUAUGGCGGCUACCCCGGCCUAGUUUAUGUAGCUGAAAUUUUCUGUGUUGAAUGUGUAACUGCAAGUAUUCGUUUCCUAAGACGUAAGUUUAAUUUUGCAUUUGGAAUUGCCUGCAAUCGCUCAUGUAUCGCCUUGUCCACAGGCUGUGAAAUAUUUUCGAAAUCCCCUGUAUUUAACGCCAUAAAAGCUUUAGUUAUGAAUGAAAA